AUGGCGCGGGCCAAGCUGCCGCGCUCGCCGUCCGAGGGCAAGGCGGGCCCGGGGGGCGCCCCGGCCGGCGCCUCGGCCCCCGAGGAGCCGCACGGGCUCAGCCCGCUGCUGCCGGCCCGCGGCGGGGGCUCAGUAGGCAGCGACGUGGGCCAGAGGCUUCACCUGGAAGAUUUCAGCCUGGACUCCUCUCCGUCUCAGGAAGUGGUCCAGGUGGAGUUCUACGUCAACGAGAACACCUUCAAGGAGAGACUUAAGCUGUUCUUCAUCAAAAACCAAAGAUCCAGCCUGAGGAUCCGGCUGCUCAACUUCUCCCUGAAGCUGCUGACCUGCCUGCUCUACAUUGUCCGCGUCCUGCUGGACGACCCGGCCCUGGGGAUCGGAUGCUGGGGCUGCCCGAAGCAGAAUUACACCUUCAACGAGUCGUCCUCCGAGAUCAAUUGGGCCCCCAUCCUGUGGGUGGAGAGGAAGACGGCUCUGUGGGCCACUCAGGUCACCGUGGCCGCUGUCAGCUUCCUGGAGACCAUGCUCCUCACUUACCUCAGCUACAAAGGCAACAUCUGGGAGCAGAUCUUCCGUGUGGCCUUCGUCCUGGAGAUGAUCAACACGCUGCCCUUCAUCAUCACGAUAUUCUGGCCACCACUGCGGAACCUGUUCAUCCCGGUGUUUCUGAACUGCUGGCUGGCCAAGCACGCCCUGGAGAACAUGAUUAACGACUUCCACCGAGCCAUCCUGCGCACCCAGUCGGCCAUGUUCAACCAGGUCCUCAUCCUCUUCUGCACCCUGUUGUGCCUGGUCUUCACGGGGACCUGCGGCAUCCAGCACCUGGAGCGCGCGGGCGGCAACCUGUCCCUGCUGACGUCCUUCUACUUCUGCAUCGUCACCUUCUCCACCGUGGGCUACGGAGACGUGACGCCCAAGAUCUGGCCGUCCCAGCUGCUGGUGGCCAUCAUGAUCUGCGUGGCCCUCGUGGUGCUCCCGCUGCAGUUUGAGGAGCUCGUCUACCUGUGGAUGGAGCGGCAGAAGUCGGGGGGCAACUACAGCCGCCACCGGGCCCAGACGGAGAAGCACGUGAUCCUGUGUGUCAGUUCCCUCAAGAUCGACCUGCUCAUGGACUUUCUGAAUGAGUUCUACGCCCACCCCCGGCUGCAGGACUACUACGUCGUCAUCCUGUGCCCCACCGAGAUGGACAUCCAGGUGCGCAGGGUCCUGCAGAUCCCCCUGUGGUCCCAGCGGGUCAUCUAUCUCCAGGGCUCCGCGCUCAAGGACCAGGACCUCAUGCGGGCCAAGAUGGACAACGGGGAGGCCUGCUUUAUCCUCAGCAGCCGGAACGAGGUGGACCGCACCGCAGCGGACCACCAGACCAUUCUGCGCGCCUGGGCUGUGAAGGACUUUGCCCCCAACUGCCCUCUCUACGUCCAGAUCCUCAAGCCGGAGAACAAGUUUCACGUCAAGUUUGCAGAGCACGUGGUGUGUGAGGAGGAAUGCAAGUACGCCAUGCUGGCCCUGAGCUGCAUCUGCCCGGCCACGCCCACCCUCAUCACGCUGCUGGUGCACACGUCCCGAGGCCAGGAAGGCCAGGACUCACCGGAGCAGUGGCAGCGCAUGUACGGACGCUGCUCGGGCAACGAGGUCUACCACAUCCGCAUGGGGGACAGCAAGUUCUUCCGCGAGUACGAGGGCAAGAGCUUCACCUACGCUGCCUUCCAUGCGCACAAGAAGUACGGCGUGUGUCUCAUCGGCCUGAAGCGGGAGGAGAGUAAGAGUAUCCUGCUGAACCCGGGGCCCCGGCACAUCCUGGCCGCCUCCGACACCUGCUUCUACAUCAACAUCACCAAGGAGGAGAACUCGGCCUUCAUCUUCAAGCAGGAGGAAAAGCAGAAGAAGAAAGGCUUCGCGGGGCAGGGGCUGUACGAGGGGUCGUCCCGCCUGCCCGUGCACAGCAUCAUCGCCUCCAUGGGGACAGUGGCCAUGGACCUCCAGAACACGGAGUGCCAGCCAGCACAGAGCGGCGGAGGCAGUGGGGGCAGCAAGCUGGCACUCCCCACGGAGAACGGCUCGGGCAGCCGGCGGCCCAGCAUCGCACCCGUGCUGGAGGUGGCCGACAGCUCGACCCUGCUGCCCUGCGACCUGCUGAGUGACCAGUCGGAGGACGAGACGACACCGUCAGACGAGGAGGGGCUGUCUGUGGUGGAGUACGUGAAGGGCUACCCCCCCAACUCGCCCUACAUUGGCAGCUCCCCUACCCUGUGCCACCUCCUGCCCGUGAAAGCCCCCUUCUGCUGCCUGCGGCUGGACAAGGGCUGCAAGCACAACAGCUACGAGGAUGCCAAGGCCUACGGCUUCAAGAACAGGCUGAUCAUCGUGUCGGCGGAGACGGCGGGCAACGGGCUGUACAACUUCAUCGUGCCGCUCCGCGCCUACUACCGGCCCCGCAGAGAGCUCAACCCCAUCGUGCUGCUGCUGGACAACAGGCCUGACCACCACUUCCUGGAGGCCAUCUGCUGCUUCCCCAUGGUCUACUACAUGGAGGGCUCCGUGGACAACCUGGACAGCCUGCUGCAGUGCGGCAUCAUCUACGCCGACAACCUGGUGGUGGUGGACAAGGAGAGCACCAUGAGCGCCAAGGAGGACUACAUGGCCGACGCAAAGACCAUCGUCAACGUGCAGACCAUGUUCCGGCUCUUUCCCAGCCUCAGCAUCACCACGGAGCUCACCCACCCGUCCAACAUGCGGUUCAUGCAGUUCCGCGCCAAGGACAGCUACUCUCUGGCUCUUUCCAGGCUGGAGAAGAGGGAGCGGGAGAACGGCUCCAACCUGGCCUUCAUGUUCCGCCUGCCCUUCGCCGCCGGCCGCGUCUUCAGCAUCAGCAUGUUGGACACGCUGCUGUAUCAGUCCUUCGUGAAGGACUACAUGAUCCCCAUCACCAGGCUGCUCCUGGGGCUGGACACCACGCCGGGCUCCGGCUACCUCUGUGCCAUGAAGGUCACAGAGGACGACCUGUGGAUCCGCACCUACGGCCGCCUCUUCCAGAAGCUGUGCUCGUCCAGCGCCGAGAUCCCCAUCGGCAUCUACAGGACCGAGAGCCACGUCUUCUCCUCCUCGGAGCCUCACAACCUCAGGGCCCAGUCCCAGGUCUCGGUGAGCGUGGAGCACCACGAGGAAACCCGGGAGGCGCAGGGGCCCUGGGGCUCACGGGCAGGCACGGGUGGCGGCGGGCACACGGUGGGCGGCGGCUCGGCGGAGCGCCCGCUCCUGCGGCGCAAGAGCCUGCCGUGGGCACGGAGGCUGAGCCGCAAGGGCACCCGGCACACGGGGAAGGCGGCGGCCGAGGAGAUCAGCCAGCAGCGGCUCCGCCUGCACCAGCGGUCCGAGCGGCAGGAGCUCUCCGAGCUGGUCAAGAACCGCAUGAAGCAUCUGGGGCUGCCCACCACUGGCUACGAGGAUGUAGCAAAUUUAACAGCCAGUGAUGUCAUGAAUCGGGUAAACCUGGGAUAUUUGCAAGACGAGAUGAACGACCAACAGAACACCCUCUCCUAUGUGCUCAUCAACCCUCCACCGGACACGCGGCUGGAGCCCAACGACAUUGUGUAUCUCAUCCGCUCCGACCCCCUGGCCCACGUGGCCAGCAGCUCCCGGAGCCGGAAGAGCAGCUGCAGCAACAAGCUGGCUUCCUGCAACCCCGAGACGCGGGACGAGACGCAGUUCUGAGUGCCGUGUGGAGCCCUCCGGGCUGACCUCGUCCUGCCAGGGUCCGUGGGCCACGUGAUGCAUGAGUGCAGGGCCCCAACCCCCGCCUGCCGCCCAGCCCAGAGCUGCUCCCGGGACUGGACCCGGUGAGGGCCGAGGCUGCCCCGGGCACUACCAGACGCUGGUGGGAAGCCUUUUUAACCUGUUUUUACAAAUCUAUACAAUCCCUGGCCCUUUGCACAAACGCACCGCAACUCGUGACCGGGUCUGGCCGCAGUGCAGGGACAGGAGCCAGGCUGGACCGCAGAGGACCGGGCCGGGGGCUCGCACCGGAGGAGAGCACACUGCAGCCCCUGAACUUGCCCGUUUCCACGGCCACGGCUGGUAUUGAUUCCUGGGCCUUGCCCACAGCUCUCAGCAAAGCCACGGGGCGGUGGGCCACCCCUGUCUGCCCUGUGGGUCCCCUGUGGUCUCACUUGUGAGGGUCUGGCCCAGAGUCGGGCCGCAAGGGUCUCCGGAACGGUGAGGCAGGCACGCGAAGGGAGCCUUUUCCAGAAGGAAAUGGAAAGCAGGAGGGUCCGCAGCGCGGCCGAGCCCCUGGCAGGGGCGGGGCAGGGGGGCUCCGGAGAGUUGCCAGCAGCCUGGGCUCGCUAGGAGGGAGGCGGGGCUGCCGUGAGACCCCACAGCGGCCCUGGACUUUGGGGAAGAGAAUCAGAUGACGGCCUUUUCCUCUGGUUUCACGCUGAACUUUCGCAGCCGCGCCAUCUGACCUCCUUUUACCACCAGACCUGAAGCACAAUUCAGCCGCUGGGCUGCUAGCAGGCCCAGCCUCCGCGCGGGACAUUCCUCCUCCUGAGGGAGGGACUCGGGGCGCUGCCGCGGCUCCCGUGUGACUCCCUCUGACAGGUUUUGCACGCUCAGUGCUGGAAACUUCUAUUAAACGGAUGCAUCCU